UAUAAUUGUUGUUUUAACUUCUAUAUCUCUUGUUGCAAAGUUUGGUAGAGUAUUUAAUUCGGCUUACAAUGCUCUAUACCUGGAUCCAGACCCUUGGAGCCUUGCUCCUGCUGACCUCUGUGGUCCACGCUCAGUUCCAGUUCUUCGAGCAUAUGUUUGGAGGCGGACGUCAAGAACAUCACCAGCAGGCCGCUCAGAACGAGCCCAGUGAUAGCUCCCGAUACCAGAAUAUGUGGGAGUCAGCACAAUGCGACAAAUAUCUGUGCCCCGGUACUCUUGCUUGCGUUCAUUUUCCUCACCAUUGUCCAUGCGAACACCCGGACAUCGAAGAUAAAAUUGAACUCGGCGAAGGAAGUGCUGUCUGUAUCUCGAAGGGAGGAUUUCAGCCUGGUGAAGCGGCGCGCAAGAUUGAGUUGGCUCGGAAGGGUGUAUUGUAAUAUACUACAUAAGAAUGCCUUCCCUAAGGCGCGAGGUGUUUUGGAGGCUUUUAAGAUUGUAUACCUUGUGUAAACUUGCUUUGGUUUACUACAAUGAGCAUAAUAAAUAUCGUCGAAGCAGCGACCUUGGGAUUCCAUAGCAAUGUUCCAAUCCUUAUCUCCGCUUA